GGGCCUCUGCCUUGGGGAGAGCAGAACGGAGUCGUGAGGGAGCCGGUUGGAGUGCCUGCGCGGGGCAGGGUGUGUGGGUGCGCACACGCGCUACGGCCGCUGCCCGAAAAUGCACUCGGAUGCCGCGGCUGUCAAUUUUCAGCUGAACUCUCAUCUAUCAACCCUGGCAAAUAUUCACAAGAUUUAUCAUACUCUUAAUAGGCUGAAUUUGACAGAAGACACUAGUCAAGACGAUCACCAAACAGGAAGUCUGAGGUCUUGCAGUUCAUCAGACAGCUUUAGCAAAGUGAUGCCCCCAAGAAAAAAAAGGCGACCUGCAGCGGGUGAUGAUCUGUCAGCUAAAAAAAGUAGACACGAUGGCAUGUACAGAAAAUAUGAUUCUACUAGAAUAAGGUCAGAAGAUGAUAUGUUUUCAAGUAAGAGGUGCUUAGAAUGGUUCUAUGAAUAUGCAGGAACAGAUGAUGUUGUGGGUCCUGAAGGAAUGGAGAAGUUCUGUGAGGACAUAGGGGUUGAACCAGAAAAUGUAGCCAUGCUUGUGUUGGCUUGGAAAUUGGAUGCUCAGAACAUGGGCUAUUUUACAUUGCAAGAAUGGCUAAAAGGAAUGACAUCCCUGCAAUGUGAUACAACAGAGAAGCUAAGAAAUUCUUUGGAUUACUUGAGAUCUUUAUUAAACGAGCCUAUGAAUUUUAAACUUAUUUACAGAUAUGCAUUUGACUUCGCACGUGAAAAGGAUCAGCGAAGCCUAGAUAUCAACACUGCCAAGUGUAUGUUAGGACUUCUCUUAGGAAAAACAUGGCCCCUUUUUCCAGUAUUUCAUCAGUUCCUAGAGCAAUCUAAGUACAAAGUUAUCAACAAGGACCAAUGGUGCAAUGUUCUGGAAUUCAGCAGAACCAUUAAUCUUGACCUCAGCAAUUACGAUGAAGACGGAGCAUGGCCAGUGUUGCUGGAUGAAUUUGUGGAGUGGUAUAAAGAGAAACAAACGACAUAGGAAUCUUAACUAUGCACAGCUGCUCAAGAGUCUUUGUUACUACAGUUAAUGUCAACCAUUAGCCAUAAACUGCUCUUUGUAUAUAAAGCGCAUGCUGCUUUUCUGCACUGUAUCCCAUUUUCAGGGAUUUUUUGGUGUUUGCUGCUUAACAGGCCAGCUCUGCUUGCUGUGUACCAUUGUUCUCUUCGAAGGCUGCUUUGCAUUUAGUCUCUACACUACAGAUGGUGAAUUUACCAGCAUCCUCACUGUGAUUAAUGUGAAUAUUGCUGUCUAAACUUUGUAUAUGUGUAUAAAAAAAAGCUUCUUCUAGGAAUGAUUUCGGCAGAAAGGUAUUGUAAAAAUAAUUUUGUUGCAUUUCUAGUUGCAUUCAAGUAACCAUGUAACUUAAUUUUUAAUUUUCACUUCGUCUUGGGCAUAGCAUUUCAGGGAGAGGGAUCGGUGGGAUGCUUGCUUUGUGCGGGACUAUUUCUGGGUAGCUAGCAAUAAUGGUUUUAGGAUGCCAGGUUUGAACGGAAAUCUUGCAGUGUGAUUUCUUUGCCAGUGCCCAACUUCAUUUUUAUUUAAUAAGCAAGUAUUGGCUGCCUUUUUAAUUGAAACUCUUAUUAAAAUUGUUACAGCUUGAACAGAGUUGUACAUGCCAUAGUAACUUCCGUUUGGUGAAAUACUGAUUUCCUGACAUUCAGAUGCUGUAGUUUGCUAAUAGGUAUAGGUGAUCUAAUUAAACAUCUGAUUAAAAAGGGCUUUAGACUUGUAACGUGGCAUAUUCCUUUAUUUUACUGUUGUUCUUGUUCCCAGAGUGUUUUGAUGAUCUGGAUAAAGACAGAAUGAAGUCUGUCUCAAAACAUCCUAAUUGUAUGAAUGUGUUUCAGAGACUGGAAUCAAAUCUUAGCCUGAAAAUUCAGCAUGGCUGUAUUUAUUCCAGGGAUUGAAUUUCCUGGCAAACAUCAUCUCUAAUCAGCAGCAUCGCUAUUUAUUUGGGAUCAUUUUAUCUGUUUGGGCUGGAAAGUUCAAAGAAGCAGAUGAAUGAGAUAACUUGCUGUGUCACCUUUUCAUCAGUCUUCAUUAUACAGUUCAGUAUAUAUUUCUAUAAAGAUUUGCUAGGGGGGCUCUAGACUUGUUGAAAAUGCAUUCAAAAAUCCACUGGUCUUUGUUGAAUCAACCAAGAGUUCAUUGUGGAAUUUGCAAUAAAUAUUAGCAUACCUUUUCUUUUACAGAAAGUUAAAGCUACAUGAAUGUUCAGAAUUUAGGAAUCUAAGUUAAACGUAAAUAACAGAUUGGUAGAAGCCUUUUAUUUUUAAAGCACUGAAGGUAUUUGGAAAAGCAUGUAUAGCCUAAACACAUAUAGUCUCUUUAGCACUGGAUACUUUUAAACAAACAAAAUAAGAAAAAUAAAGAACUGGGAUCCAAAGAGGUCCAUGUGCCAAGGUGAUUCUGCCUAGAACAGGAGGUGUGGGCACUGAGCUUUCCUUCUUUUUUAAUGACUUCAUGACCUUUAGAAAGGCUUUUGAGCAGGGAUUGAAUGGGGCAGGACUGUACAAGCUAUUGCCCAAGUAGUAAGACUGGAAAGGCCAAGGGACCUUUAACAGGGUGUCACUUCUAUUGCCCAUUUUUUCCAAAGUACAGUUUGAAGUUGGCUGUGCAGUUCCCUUCAGCCAAUCUCUGUUGAGAAUAGGCAGGUAACACCAUGAGCCAGUCCGGGCUCCCUCCAAUAUCCCCUCACCUACAUCAUCAUCAUCAUCAUCAUCAUCAUCAUCAUCAUAUACACAACAGUGUGAAAUCUCAGCCGCCAGUUCUUUAGCUGGUGUUGGCCUUCAUUUGCAUUGAGUUCUUCCCAAGAACCUAGGAGGUCCUAAUGUAUUGGUGUAGUAUACGUGUGGAUCCAAGCAGUGAGGCCUUUUGUAAUUGACAAAUAGAAAUUUCGUCAAUGCGCAGAUUUUCUAAGUGCCAUCCAAGGAUUUUUGGUAUGGCACCCAGUGUGCCAAUAACCACUGGGACCACCACAGCCAGUUUAUGCCAUAAUCUUUCAACUUUGAUUUUCAGUUCUUGAGAACUUUGUGAUCUUCUCCAGUUCUUUGUCUUCUAUUCUACUGUCCCCUGGUAUUGCCACAUCAGUUAUCCACACUUAUCUUUUCAACCACAGUUAAAUCUGGUGUGAUACGCACCAAGGCGUUAUCAGUUUGUAUUUAGAAAUCCCACAAUAUUUUCACCUCAUUUUCAACUACUUUUUCAGCUAUAAAUUCUCACCAAUUUUCCAUUACUGGCACAUAAUUUUUACAGAUGUUCCAGUGAAUCAUUUUGGCGACUGCUGUGUCGUUGUUUAUAAUCAGUUUGUGCAAACUUCUUGAACAAGCUGAGUACAUGAUCUACAUUAUUAUUAUUAUUUAGUAUAGCCAUAGUCAAAACCUGAUUAACUGCCCAAGUGGGAAGAGACAAAUAAAGGCUGUAUUUAUUACGGGCUAAUUUUGUUGAGACAGAAAAGGACUUUCAGUAACUAAGAUAGCAGCCAAAGAACUUUAUGAGAUCUAGUUUCUAUUAAGAGAAUUAUAAGGUUAACAAAAUUAUGACUAGUUAAUUCUUGGGACUGAUUUUUCUAUUUACACGUGAGUAUUAGUAUACAAAGCAAAAAGCACCUGAUCAAGUUGUGGAAGACGAGAGAGGACAUACUUCAAAAUUGUAUUUUCUUUAAUUUAAAACUGAAGCAGAAAUUGGGUUAUAGAUAGAUUCCAGGUUCAGAAAUCACUGUUAAAUAUGUGCCAAGACUCAAGGUACAUGGCCAGAUCAUUCCCCUGGUGCAGACCUAAUAGGCUGCUGCUAAUUAUCCUUUGUCAUGGCAGGCCUCUUCCGCUUUGUGGCUUACAUUCUGGUGGGGUUUGCAGUGUGCAAAAUGUUACAUAGUUGAUCAAGAGACUUGUGUGUCUUAUGUUUUCUUCUCAAUAAUCUUCUCAUUAAUCAUGUAGAAAAGAGCGUAUUGGCCUUGGCUGUAAAAGCAGGCUCAUCUAAAACACAAUUUUUAAGGACGUAUUCUAACUACUAUUGUGAUAUACAAAGGGAAAUGGAAGAGAGGCGCAGUUGGUAUAUGGCUUAGAAUUUAUUUUGAGUUUUUGAAAUUCUGACCUAGCUAUUCAACCAGUCUUGCUCAGAAUGGCACUGAUCCUUGUCACUAUUGGGGAAAAUAGUGUUUUGUCGAAAACGUUUCUCUUAUGUAAUGCUGUCUGAGUAAAUAAUUUAAUCAAAGCUGUUCAUUUUUCAUAUAUUUUGAAUUUUUGUAUUUUUUAAUAGUAUGCUUGUUUUGUGUUUUAUUUUGUUUUGUUAAAGGAAGAAAGGCCAUUCACUGAACUGGUUAAUGCUGAAAAUACCUUUUCUACAGAAAUGCUAGCAAGAUGUGUGUGCAUUAUUCUAAUGUAAAAUUCUUAAAAGAUAGCUUUUUAAAUGACCAAGUGAAUAAACAUACACGAAUGGGCAAACAGACCCUCUAUAUUGUCCAGUACCAAAGACUGAUGAGUCUUUUAUGCUCUUAACUUUCAGAAUCAAAAAUGGUAUUAGCAAUUCUAAUGCCUACUAUUAUUUAUACCAUUUUCUUUUGGGUGUAGGGGUGAGGUCAGAUAAAUUCAAAUUGAAUACUGAAAAUGUAAGCUUCAUCUGAAACAUGUUUGGUUUGUACAAACCAAAUGUUCUUUGCUUUUGUGUAAACGUGGGAAACAAAAUUGUGAAAGUGUUCCAUAAUCUGCUAUAGUAUAAAUUUACAUAAAGCAUUUAAUUAAAUGUGAA